AUGGUGUGGUUACUAUCAUUUUCGUUUUACUCAUUAUUACGAAUAUGUGUGGAUGGACAAGAAGCCGUUACCGUCAAGCACACAGACUAUUUCCUCAAUCAACCGGUCGAUGGGGACUUCUCAAUUAUUGAUGAAUAUCAUAAGCAAGUUGCCCAUCUACCACCUAAUCAGUUUGCGGAUCAAAGUCUUCUUACCUUCCCGUCUCAGAAUCUUUUGGAUCUUCAGUCACCGACUCAGGGACUCUUGAAUGUCCCCAUGCACAAUCUUCUGAACAUGCAGGCUCCUCUCCACACUUACGCAUACUUCUCUGAACCAGGUGCUCCAAGUCUUAAUUCGUAUCCUGGAUUGGCCUAUUAUCUUGGGCAAUACGGCCAAGAGAAGGAGCCGGCUCCAUCCCCCCAUCUGGAAGCGAAAUUGCGAAGUUAUCAAUUGAUGAAGCCAUUGCCGGUGGCUGAUGACGAAGAUGUAAAACCGAGUAUUCCUCCUGUCAAACAUCCGGUAAGUGUUUACUUUUUGUUAGGAUAUUGAAUCCGAAUCAUUGCAACUGUUUUUAUUUCCAGAGAAGGCGAAUAUACCAGACCCAGGAGAAAGUGAAUACAAUUACUUUGCCUCAAAGUUCAUAUCAAGUUCGAACCCCAACCAAUAUGAAGCUUGAAGGAAGUUAUGGAGAACCCAUCAGACCGAUAGUAUCAGUUGGAGGGAGACCGACCAUACACGAUCCCAAUGACAGUAUUCAAAUUCAAACGGGAAUGGCUCGAGUUAUGAUUGGGAGAAAGCCGACGACAACCCCGCCAUCAAUAGAUAGGAUGAGUCCUAAAACUGAUGGGAAAGAUCCUUUUGGAAUGACGGAUGAAGAAUAUCAAGAGUUUAUUCCAACGAUUGCUGUUGAACCAGCCAGCGAAGAAAACGAAGAACCCGAGAACUUGGCGGAAGACGAGGGAACAACCAAACUGCCUUCACUUUUGGAAAGCUUGUCAACGGCGUCAGUUUGUAAGUAUAAGAAAUUACGUCAUAAUGAUUUUAGUUACCGAGAGUCCGAUCGGUAAUACUGGCAAAGAAAGACAGGCGGAACUGACUGCCAAAACGUCUAGAUCAAGUUCGGUGUCUGCGGUGUCAAGCACGUCUGCAACAGUUUCUUCUUCUCUUGUUUCAUCAACAACGAUCUCCACAACAAGCCAUCCAACUUCGACGAGGAGUCCGGGGCUAGAGAAAAUAGAGAAUAUACGUGAGAUUCUUACUGUAACAGACGAAUACGAAGUCAUUGAUAAAAAGCAAUCAGAGGUGAACAACAGAAGGACUACUGUAACAGAGAGAGCAAAACCGACAGCUCCAGUCAUUGAGAUUACCUCUCAAUCUACCGCUGUAAUAAGUACGGUAACAUCUGCUACUGCGACCGCCGCAAGCAAAAAACCUACCCAAAAAAAAAUUAGGAAAGCUCCAACUCUUCUGCCUUCAACCUUGGCCGCAUCUUCAACAUCGUCAUCAACUACCUUUUCAGCGAAAAAUACAACUCCGAAGACAACUUCCAAGACGAUUGUUGCGACCGCACCUGCUGGAAAAACAAAUAAGGGGCCUGCAACGACAACUACCACUCCUUCGAAUAAGCGGUUUUCCACUGAAAGCAAUGAGUCGUCUUUUGCUCCAUCGAAUGAAAUUCCGGAGGAAGAGACGGACAACGUCGAGGUCAACAUGCAAGUGAGAACUACUGUAACAGAGACGAGGGGCACCACGACACCAGCAACAACAACUGCAGGUAUCAAAACAACACCGGGCUCUAAUGCAGAGACGGCGAAAAAAUCUAAGACUGAUGUGUCUCGUCGAGAAACUCCAGAAGUUGUAACUGCACCAACAAAGACAGUGAAUGGAUCUGAAUUAAUGAUGGAUAUAACAGUUACUGCGAGUCGACUGUCUACACCCACGACAAUUACUACCAAGAUAAUCGAGUCGACUACAGUUCCACCUGAAACUUCAUCAUCAAAACCUAAAAUUGCAACUACAACGGCAAAAACAGAUACUUCACCAACUUAUAAAUCAUAUAAAAUGGAGAGGUUGAGUAUUUGGGAAAUCUUGGAACAUAAGAAGAACGAUCAGACUGAACUCUCGCAAGAUGAUACUGACGAGGAGGUUCUGCAACGCCUAGAUGAUCUGAAUUCGACGGACGAAACGACGGCCAUCGACCACAAACUCAAAAGGUUCCAAACGAUGGCACCCAAUGUAUUGUUUGGGUUGUAA